CUGCCGAUCACGGAACAAGGCGACGCUCAACCCCCCAUCCAACACCCAUCCACCCAUGACUCCCUUGAGGAACACCGCUCGCAUGGCGGUCCUGGCCACCGGCGCCCUCUCGCUGCUGGCCCGGUCGGCCCUCGGCACGCUGGCCAUCGAGGAGAUGGUCGGUCGCUUGCGCAAGUUCGACGAGGGCACCAACGGCGAUGACCGCCGGGGCAUGGUCCCCGAGCGCUUCUGGUCCCGCGACCAGGGCGACCACGAGGUGUGCCAGCCGCACAUGGCCAGCUACAGCGCCUUCGUUGAGGAGCCAUGCGGCGGGAAGGUUUCCUGCGCCAAGGGCCUACAAUGCCUGCCAAUUGGCGAUAGCGGCACCAGCGAGUGUGUCCCCUCGCUGAAGGGCUCCCAGUGCAUUUCCAACUACGAGUGCCCCAUUUGGUACUCCUGCUACCUGGGCCGGUGCACGCUGACCGGCGGUGCUGGCCAGGCCUGUGACCAGGUGCUGGUCGAAAAUGAGGCGGUGUCCUCAUGCGGCGUCGGGCUCAAGUGUGUCGACGGGGUGUGCACCGGGUCGCGCUUUGGCGACUUCGCCACCGACAGUGCACACUGCUCCAGUGGCAUGCUUAAUGACCACGUCUGCGGAGCCCGGGCCAAUGGCGAGGAGUGCGAGCUGUCGGCCGAGUGCCAGCCCAGCUCGGAGUGCGUUAGCGGCGUUUGCACCUCGAAGGGCACCUCGGAGGCCGAGGCCCCGGAGGGUCGCCGGUGCCUGACCCCGGGCGACUGUGUCUUCGGGCACUACUGCAUCUCGCCGAACGGCUUCGCCGAGGACAUGAACUCCUACUGCAUCCCGGCCCGGAGCCUGGCCAAUGGCCAGUGGUGCAACUACACCAAUGGCGUGUGCGCCUCCGGCGUGUGCGAUGAGCAGGGCCUGUGCCGGCGCCCGCGGCAGAAGUGCGACGCCGAGUCCGGCUGUGACGAGGGGUUCAUCUGCGCCUGCCCCAAGGAUGCCAACGCCUCGGACACCGAUGGCCUGUGCAUUCGCGACCCCUGCCAUCGGAUUCUCCUCGCCCUUCACCACUGCUCGAUCAAGCACUGCCAGUACAGUGUUCUCGACAGCGGGAUCCCGAACUACGCCGGCGCCUGUGUGUCGGUCUCCUGCCCGGAUCUGUAUGACCGCUUCGAGUAUUGCCGGGCCUCGCGCCAGACCCUGGCCCCGGUGAUGCCGAACCCCGACGAAAGCACCCCCUGCGAGGAGGGCACCGUCGAUGAUAAUGGGGACCUCUGCAGCCAGGGCGCCGCCGACGAGGCGGAUGACGAGCAGCCGGACGGGGGCGAGGACCACGACGACAUGGGCGAGGAGGGCGCCACCUCCAACACCACCGACGACCAGGACCAAGACCAGCAGCAGGGCGAGGAGGCGGACCAGGAGCAGCCGACCCUGGAGCCGGGCGUGCCGGAGGACGACGAGUCCGACUACCCUGAGGGCAGUGCCACGGGCGAGCAUCCGACCGCCAUCUUGCCGGUGGACCCGACCCCGGCCGUUGACCCGCUGGUCGACGAGCUGGCCACCGGCAGCGGCGCCGACAAGUCCGACGGACAGGAUGGCGACAGUGGCGCCGAUGAUGUUGACGGCGAGGAGGAGGAGGAGGACCACGCGGCCGGCACCCCGUCCGGCAGCCACUCGGAUGGGGCCCCUGGCCAGCCGCCGAAGAAGAACAGCGCCGCCCCGGCCGGGCCUCUCGAGGGCGUGGCCACCCUCAUGACCGCCAGCAUGGGUCUGGCCUUCAUCCUGGCCAUCGAGGCCAUGUCUCGCUGGUAAAGAGAGACGGGCCACAUGUCC